GUAAUGACAAAUCCUCUCUCUCUCUCUCUCCAUCCAUCAUCGGAGCAUUUCUUUUGGUUCGUGCUCAUGGGAGUGCGGGAUGAAGAGGAAGCCGGAGAUGCAAACGAGGGGCCCCGAUCCGCCACCCUCUCCCAACCCUAUCCCCGACCACCGCAAUCUCCCCUCCAAUGAGUCCCCGGUAGCACCGGGGCCGCUUCCGGCGGAGGCCGCCGGAGCUCCCCCAUCCAUGUUCCCCGUUCCCCACCACCGCCGGGCCAGAUCUGAACUCGCAUUCCGCCUUCCGGACGACCUCGACCUCCGCGGCGCCGUUCCGGUCGACGAGAUCGGCUCCGAGGACGACCUCUUCUGCACUUUCAUGGACAUCGACAAGAUCGGGUGCAAGCUCGAGGCGAGCGGAUCCGGGUCGGAGGGCGACGGGGACUGCACGGAUCGGACGGCGGAGAGCUCUGGGUGCGCCGAGGAGGCGAAGCCCAGGCAUCGACAUAGCGUUUCGGUGGACGGGUCGUCAAUGACGUCUUCGGCGACGAUGAGGAGGGAAGGGUUGUCGGGAGAGGUGAUGGAAACAAAGAAGGCGAUGACGCCGGAGCAGCUUGCGGAGCUGGCCGUCAUUGACCCUAAGCGGGCCAAAAGAAUUCUAGCUAAUCGGCAAUCUGCAGCUCGAUCCAAAGAAAGAAAGGCUUAUUAUAUAUCAGAACUUGAGAGGAAAGUUAAGACCCUCCAAACUGAAGCUACAACUCUCUCUGCACAACUUACUCUACUUCAGAGAGACACGGCUGGACUCUCUGCAGAAAACACUGAGCUUAAGCUACAGUUACAAGCAAUGGAACUACAAGCACAAUUACGUGAUGCGCUGAGUGAGGCACUAAAGCAGGAAGUCCAAAGACUAAAGAUUGCGACGGGUGAAGUAUCAAAACCUGAUGAAUCUUGCAACAUUGGACAGCAUAGCGCACUGUAUAGCUCAUCGUUCUUCACACUUCCACAGCAACAGCCGAUCCACCUUCAAGCAAUCCAGUUUCAGCCCCAGUUCCAGCAUUUGCAGCCUGGUCUCUUAAACCAACACAUGAUUAGUCACCCCAAUGACCUUCCCCAAGUGAUGCAGCAACAUCCUCUUGGAAGGCUUCAGGGAUUGGAUAUCAACAACGGUGCCCAUAUGGUGAAAUCAGAGAGUUCCACCGUUUCCGUCAGUGAAAGCAGCAGUACCUUCUAACAAUUCCAGCCAAAAAGCACCACAUUUAAGAUAUCUAUUUAGCCUGACAUGAUUCUGCUGCAUCUAAUGCCAUGCUCCAUUUUUUUAUUCCAUUCAUUCUACUAAUCCGAAUUUGUUCGUUCAAAAUCCCAGGAGUGUAUUAUUUAUUUUCUUUUGUUCCUUUCGUCAAGCUCUCGGAUUUGUGCAUAUCACGUCAAAUCCCUGCAAUGUGUAGCGACGAUCUGUUUCC